GAGACCGACAUUACAAUGCAACAAACGUUUUUGUUGACCUUUUGUGGAUUUACUUUUGUUUUCAUAGUUUGUAGCAGUGAAUCUGAGAAAAGAUUGUUAAUUACAGACCAGAAUGUUGUCCAAACCUUGACAGAAGAACUCAGGCUCCUUAAAACAAAGUUUACAAAACUAGAAAACGCUCAAACUCGUCUUAUGUCCGACCUAAAUAAAGGCAGGGCCGUAUACACGAGAUGGGGAAAAAAGACCUGUCCUUCUUUCAAUGAGACCAGUAUUGUCUAUUCAGGUAUUACCGGUGGAAAGGCUUAUUAUCAAAAGGGAAGUGGUGUCACAACAUUGUGUCUACCCCACGAUCCAGAACCUGUGCCGACCGACUUUCCGACUCGUCCAUUUUCAGAUGAAGAAGGUACACUUUGGGGAAGUGAAUAUCAAUUCAGCUUUCGUAAAAUUGCACAUGAUGAUGACGUGCCAUGCGCUGUUUGCCAAGUAACGUCCCAAACUACCAUAAUGAUACCUGCUAAGCGAACAUGCCCCACUGGUUGGAAGAAAGAAUACUCUGGCAUUUUGAUUGGCACCAAUGCACAGGAUUAUCCAUCUGAAUAUAUUUGUAUGGAUGAAAAUCCAGAUUUCUUUGAGGGAACCCGCAGUCAUGAUGAUAAUGGACGAACUCUUUAUCCGAUCAGGACGGUAUGUGGUAGCCUCCCAUGUCCACCUUACGGAAAUCAUCAGUUUGUUUCAUGUGUCGUUUGUUCUCAAUAA